AACAAGGCUGAGGUUGUAUAAUGCCUUCUACGAGCCAACAUUCACAUUUGAGCAGAAUAUCGAGCACCGUCCGUCAGGAAUUGAUCAAGAGCACUGGAGAGAGUUCCUAGAAUAUCGUGCCAAACCUGAGACGAAGGUAAUCCAGUAUACCAUUGGUAGAAUGUGCUGUAUUUUAUGUAGCAUUAAGUGCUAUUAAAUCAGUAUUUAAUUGUGACUUUAAUUUGGCAUUUAUGGACCGAUAGGAGAAAUGCAAGAAGAACGCGACUAAUCGAUCAAAACAAGUAUAUACCCAUACUGGCGGUUCAAAAAGCUUCGCACGGCGGAUGGAAGAAGAGUCUGAAGAACAAGGAAGAAGAAUUGGUAGAGGAGAGCUAUGGAUAAAAGUGCACAAGAAAAAUGAUGGCUCCUAUAUGAAUGAGGAAGCAAGGGCAAUUGGUGAAAGAAUUGAGGAGAUUGAGCAACAGGAUGAAUCUUCUAGAGUGUUGUCUCAAAAUGAUUCCAUUGCUCAGGUUUUUGGUAAAGAAAAACCGGGUAGAGUACGUGGUGUGGGUUUCGGUCCGACUCCUACCCAACUCUUCGGUUCGAAUUCACGUGCGCCAGGCAACAUAGUCGAAGAAGAGGAGACCCAGAGGAAGUUAUGUGCACUGGAGGCAGAAUUGGAAAGCGAGAAGUUGAAGAGGAAGGCAAUGGAAGACGAGGCAGCAGUAGAUAAGAAAAAGAUGCAGGCGAUGGAGAGAGCUAUGAUUUAUCUUUUUCAAAGGCAGGGUGAGGAGCUGCCGGGAGACAUCGCUGUAGGGAUGAGUUCCGUGGAAUGAAAGAGUGAACAAUAAUAGUAGGAUUAGA